AUGUCUUCCGUUCGCUUCCUUUGCCAGCACUGCCACCAGCCCCUGCAACUGAGCCCGAGGGUGGAGACCCAGGGCCUCCCUGAGGCCUCCGUCCCAGCCCCACUGCAGGGAGACCCAGGGGACAGCAGGGAGGACAGUGCUUUCUCCAGGACAGAGGCCGACAGUGACAAGCUACAGGACAGUGCCUCUACUAGACCCCAUCCUGCAGAUGGCGGGGCGUCCAAGGACAGAGCCAACCACUUCACCCUGGUUGGGGAGAUUGGCUCCAUGCAGAGUCUCGGCAGCAUCCAGGAGGCCGUUGGGGACAUUUUUGACAUCUUGUCGGACCAGAAAGUUGUGGACCACCCCCUGUGUGUGGAGUGCACCGACAGUCUUCUAGGGCAGCUGGACACGGAGCUCGCUCUCACAGAAGUUGACCUUCAGAACUACCAACGGUGUCUGGAGACCGCAGGGGAGCGGACCAGAGGGGACGACAGGGACGCGCUGCAGAGGGAGCUGCGGGCCCUGGAGCUAGAGGAGGCGCGGCUGGCCCAGGAGCUGGACGCGGUGGACAGGGCCCACGCCGGGGCUGCGGCGGAUCUCGAGGCGGCCCAGGCGGAGACCGCGGAGCUGGAGCGGCAGGAGAGGCAGCACCUCGGGGACUGCUGCGCGCUGGAGUGGCAAGGGCUGGAGCUGCUGGACCAGCUGGGGAGCCUGGAGAACCAGCUGGAGCGCGCCCGGGCCCAGCUGCACCUGCUGAAGGAAACCGACGUCUUCAGGGCCACGUUUGAGAUCCGAGAGGAGGGCGCCUUCGGCAUCAUCAAUAACUUCAGGCUGGGCUGCCUCCCCGCCGUCCCUGUGGCCUGGAACGAGAUCAGCGCCGCCUGGGGACAGACGGCUUUGCUGCUCCAGGCCCUGGCCACUAAGAUUGGGCUGGAGUUUCAGAGGUACCGACUGUUCCCCUGUGGAAGUCGCUCCUAUCUGAAAUCCUUGGCCGGUGACGACCCCGACCUGCCAUUGUUUUGUACUGGCGGGCGGAAUUCUUCCUCGGAUGACAAAUUUGACGAUGCAAUGGUGGCCUUCCUGGACUGCAUGCAGCAAUUCGCGGAAGAGGCUGGGAAGGGCUCGCAGGGCCUCUGCCUGCCCUACCGUAUCCGCGCGGACAGAGGCCUGUUGGAGGACCUGGGAGGCAGCCGGGAGCACUACUCCAUCAGGACGCUUUCUAACACCAAGAAACAGUGGACCAAGGCGCUCAAGUUCAUGCUUGUGAAUUUCAAGUGGAGUAUCACUUGGGUCUCCUUAAGGUACAGUCAAAAGUAA